GGAACCUGUUAUCAUUCGUUAGCCGGCGGUCUGUUCUCUCGACGCAUUCGAUCGGUGCCAAGUGCCGCGGUUCGCUCCUUAUUAAAUAUAUUUUAUGCUCUCUAAUUGGCGCUAAAAUGUUGCAGGACGGAAUAUGUGACACUACCGACAUUUUAAACAGCGUUCCUACCAAAAAGACAAUCCACGCGGACACCAUAGAUCUCUCGGAUAAGUCGCUGCAGGUGGAUAUUUCGGACGCCCUUAGCGAGAAGGAUAAAGUGAAAUUUACUGUACAUACAAAAACUUCUCUACCUGAAUUUCAUAAACCCGACAAUCUAGUUGUGAGACAACAUGAAGAGUUUGUCUGGCUCCAUGAUAGAUUCGAGGAAAAUGAGGAAUAUGCUGGUUACAUCAUUCCACCAUGUCCACCAAGACCAGAUUUUGAUGCAUCGCGUGAGAAAUUACAAAAGCUAGGGGAAGGUGAAGGAAAUAUGACACGCGAAGAAUUUAACAAGAUGAAGCAAGAAUUAGAAGCGGAAUAUCUAGCUACUUUCAAGAAAACUGUUGCUAUGCACGAAAUGUUUUUGACUAGGUUGGCACAUCAUCCAGUUUUUCGGAAUGAUCAUAACCUAAGGGUAUUCUUGGAGUAUGAUCAAGAUCUUUGUGUACGAGGAAAGAAUAAAAUGGAAAUGUUUGGUGGUUUAGUGAAGUCAUUUUCUAAAACUACCGACGAAUAUUAUCUGUCAGCUACAGUGAAGGAUGUAAAUGACUUCUUUGAUCAAGAGAUGACAUUCCUUCAAACUUAUCAUCAUAAUUUAAAGGAAGCAACGACUCGUGCUGAUCGUCAAACCGCUAAGCAUAAAGAUGUAGCGGAUUCAUACAUAAAGAUUUCCACUAACCUCUUGCAGUUAGCUACAACAGAUACUGGAAAACUCGAAAGAUUUUUAACUAAAAUUGCUGAGACCUUCGAAAAGUUGAGGAAAGUAGAAGGACGUGUUGCAUCAGAUGAAGAUUUGAAAUUAUCAGAUACUCUUCGUUAUUAUAUGAGGGAUACAGCCGCAGCUAAAAGGCUUCUUUUUAGAAGAUUAAAAGCUCUACAUGCAUAUGAAUCUGCGAACCGUGCCCUUGAAAAAGCUCGUGCCAAAAAUAAGGAUGUCCAUGCAGCACUGGAGGUUGCUGAGGCGGAACAAGCACAAACCGAGGCAUGUGAGAAAUUCGAGCAAAUGUCUGAUAAGGGAAAGGAAGAAUUGUUGGAUUUCAAGACCAGACGAGUGGCAGCGUUUAAGAAGAAUCUCAUUGAACUAACCGAACUGGAGAUAAAACAUGCUAAAUCGCACGCAGAAUUGCUCAAGAAAUGUUUAUCUGUACUACGAGAAGAGUGAUCUACUUUUCGGGUUGCCGUGGACAGACCUGUAUGCAUGCAUAUUGUGUGCAGAUAACAGAUUAUUUAACAUUAUGAUAAUGUAAUGUAAUGCUACUGUAAAAUACUAUAUAUUUUUUGUUAUCUAGAUCUAUCAUGCUUUGGAAAUAAAGUAUUGUACUAUAGCUGCAAAGUGACUCUGAAAAAAAAAGAUAGAUAUUUGCUAUGUUUGAGCUGUAAAAAGCUACGUAAGCGCUGCUAUUGGUUCUGCUUGUUAGAUAUUAAGUAACUGCGUUUUUAUAAGAGUCCGGAUGAUAUAUAAUGAUAUAUGUAUUAGGAGAAAUAAUAUGCAUUUAUAUUGUAAAAAAAAGAAAAUGAAUUAGGUGUUAUCGAGUCCCUUUGCAGCUUCAGAUUAACAGCCCCUGUUAUACGUAUGAAAUAAGGUUCUUUAUAUAUAGAAGAGAGAGAGAGAGAUAUACAUAUAUAUAUAUAUAUAUAUAUAUAAAUAAGAAUAUAUCCAUAUUAGCAUGUUAUUACUAUAUUACUUAAGCUAAGAAGAACAUUUUGUCAAGGAAGGAUUGCGAGUAUGAAAGCUCAGGAUGAUUAAAGUUAAUAUAAACAAUUAGAUUUUCAUGUAUAAACUUUCCAGAUUUUUAUGACGAUACGUUGGUAUAUAUUAUUCUGACAAAUAAUUAUUCGUAAUAGCGUUCGCAUUUUAAGAUUAGGUGACGAAAAUGCAGCAACUAAAGGGACCUUGAAACGAAUUAUAAUAAAGUGCAAUUAUACUUUUCA